AUGUACAUGUACUCCAAAUUUUGGCCCAAGGGGGGGCACUCCGGCAUUCUACAUCACUACACAGAGACCCUGGUAACAUUUGAAUAUACCUCUAGCAGCAGUCGUCAGCCUCACAGUAUUCUAUUUGUCGGUGGCCUUGGGGAUGGUCUUGCCACGACGUCUUAUACAUCUGACUUGGUUCGAGCACUUCAGCCAACUGAAUGGUCAUUUUUUACACUCAAUCUCACGUCUUCCUAUCAAGCAUGGGGCCUUGGGCACCUUGACAGAGACACGGAUGAGAUUGCUCAAUGCAUAAGAUAUAUCAAGUCUUACAAGAAUGCCAAGUAUGGGUAUAGCAAACUCAUCCUCAUGGGGCAUUCAACUGGUAGCCAGUGCGUUUUGCACUACCUCAGCAAACCGAAUCCCCAUGUUUUUGUGCCACCCUUCGACCCUGAGCUGGAGCACGUCGAGCGCCUGGCGCUUGAUGGGGCCAUUAUGCAGGCACCGGUAUCCGACAGGGAAGCCAUUCAAUGGGUCCUGCAUCACGGAUUCGGGGGCAAAUCAGGAGCGGAACUAAGAAGUGUGUAUGAAAAUCUGCAGACCAUGGCGAAGGACGCCGCACUUCAGGAUCCGGCUUCCGACUCUAUGCUUCCCAUAUGGAUGACUUCGCAGAUCGGUUAUCCCUCCAAUACACCACUCAGUUGCCGAAGGUUCCUCAGCCUUACCAGCCCCGAAAGUCCAGAGUCACCCAGCGAGGACGAUGUAUUCAGCUCUGACCUGACGGACGAACAGCUGGGAAAGACGUUUGGAAUGAUCAAGGAACAAGGCCUACUGAAACACAAGCUGAUGGUUUUGAUCUCGGGAGCGGACCAGUCAGUGCCUGACUGGGUUGACAAAGAAAAACUGCUCUCGAGGUGGAAGAACGCCACUAAUCAGAACCAAAUGGUGGGAAAAUGGGAUGAAGAGCACAGUGGGCUGAUUCCAAAUGCAUCUCACGCGUUGAGUAAUGAUGAUCAAGCUGAGCCACGAAAGUUUCUUGUGGAGAGGGUUCUCGGAUACUUGGGAAGAAUGGAAUAA